AUGGUUAAUAAACUAAACUUAGAUUGCAAUAUAGUGAAAGCAUACCGAAUUUAUACGAUCCAUAAAACAGAUAUGAAAAUAAUAGCUUGGCUAUCUAACUCGAAUUAUAAAGACAGGUUCAUUGCGGAAGCAAAGAAAAACAAAUUAACUGCUAAUCAAUAUCAAAACAGCUUGCCGGAUUCAAAAGUAUACGUUAAUAGUCACUUGACAAAAUCAAGAAGGCUUUUGUUGGGAAGUGUAAAGUCAUUAGCAAAAGAAAAAAAUUACAAAUAUGUCUGGGUAAGCGGAACGAAUAUUCUAGUACGUAAAGAUGACAACGCCAGAGUUUUCAGAAUCCACGACGAAAACGAUCUAAAUAAACUAUUAUAG